CAACCCGCUCAGCCCGCCGAGGGGCCUGGUGAUGCCCGUCCUCCCCGAGGCCCCCACCGGCCCAGGCACCGAGAAGCGUUGGGAUCGUCCCCGGGCCUCGAGCACCGCCCGGUCGCCUGAGGGACCCGGGGCUCCCCGCCCCGACCACCGCCCCCGUCCCGCCCCCCGGGGCCGCGCACCUCCCUCCCGGCUCCGUUUCCAGCCGGCGGCGUUUGGCCGCUGCACGGCGGUGCUCGGGCGGGAGAGCUGUGAGAGGCGGCGGCUGGAGGCGCCCACAUGUCGUAGAGCUAAGAGAGCACUGAAGUUGGAUGGUGUUAAAAAAUAUAAGCCAUCUGAAGCAACACCUUUGACCAAAAAGAAGAAUCUAAACUCGUACUCACCGACAACAGGAACAUGCCGGUUAAGUCCAUUUUCAUCUCCCACAAGUCAUAACGCACAAGGUUUCAGAAAUGGCCUAUCAAAUGACCUCCCAGGGGAUGGAACCAAGCAGAACAAUUUGGAAAGCAGAUUAUCCAGAAGAGGGCAGCCUCAAGCAGAGAAGGAUGAGUUCGCAGAAUUGCAGUCCAAAGUGAAAAGUUCAUUGGUUAGAUUUCUGAAAAUGAGAGCAAGUCUGACAAGCCUACAGGCUUUAGAGGGCAGUAGAGAGCUUGAAAAUAUUAUUGGCGUCUCAGACUCGUCUUGCAGCUUGAGAGCGGAAGUGCAGAAAACCCAAGUGCUAAUGGAUCAAGCAGAAGAGCUACAGCUAUUGGAAAAAAAGCAUGGAAAGCUUCCUGCUCAAGAGCAUGCUCAGCCUGCCGGCAGCGCUGCAUUCCUCAGGUUGCUCCUCGACUCUCAGUAGCCUCUCGGUCUGCUGCGUGCCCACCAGCUGCCACGUCCAGAUAUUAUGUGAAAAAUGCAUUCCACAUCAACCCAAAGUUCUACAUCUGCUUGAUUGUACUUAAAAGGAGAGAAGAAACGACUGUAAACCAAUCUGCCCUACAAAUACCAGUUCGGGAUUGCUCAUUGCGCUAGGCAGGUGCACAUCUAGAUAAAAUUUCUGGCAUCUAUUUAAACUUAACAAUGUGCACAACAAGAUAAUCUCAAUGUAAAUAAUACAUUUCUUCAUGGGAGCUUUAUGCAACUGCGUACAGAAGGCUGAUUUAGAUUUACUGGUGCAUGGAAUAUAAACUAUUUUUUCUGGAUGUUCUUACCACUAAUAUAUAAUAAUAGUUCUGCUGCCUUGGCUUUAAAAAAAAAA